AUGGAGCCAGCCAGUACCACUGAGAAAGCUAACACCAGCGAGAAAGCCAACACCACUGAAAUAGUCCAUCCCAUGACUAUGCAUCCCAGUGACCUCCUUCGUUGCGUCGCUGGCAGCAUGAGCUGUAAAGACACCUCGAUAUUCGUCACUGUGCCUACGAUAAGCAGCUGGAAAUCCGUAAUACGUGCAAUAGACGCAGCAAUUGGCGACGACGUAGACCGGGAGUUCAUGGUCACAUAUCCACGCACGGAAGCCCAGAGAGCUCGUAAUCGCAAAAUCGCUCUAGAGAAUGUCGCAGCUUGGGACGCAGCUGAGAAAGAAGCAUCAUUAUCAUCAGAAUUCUCGUCGCCGCUUAUAUUUCCAAUACGUACGAAAUAUGAUAUUGAAGCUCUUCCGACCCCGAAGCGUAUAUCGGAAGAUGCACGAAAGCGACUUAAAGAAGAAGAUGCAAAACGAUUUCCGUAA